UGUAGUAGCGGUCUGUACAAGAUGAAACUGCUUUGAGCCUUGGCCUCACAGUUGUGAGGACCGGGGUUCAAAUCCCGGCCCCACCUGUGUGGGGUUUGCAUGCAUGUUCUACCCCGUGCCUGUUUGGGUUGUCUCCGGGCACUCCGGUUGCCUCCCAAAUCCCCAAAACGUGCAUUAAUUGGAGACUAAAUUGCCACUAGGUGUGAUUGUGAGUGCGACUGUUGUCUGUCUCUGUGCCCCUUGCGAUUGGCUGGCAACCAGUACCGGGUGUACCUCGCCUAUUGCCCGAUGAUAGCUUGGAUAGGCUCCACCAUUCCCGCAAUCAUUGUGAGGACAAGCGGCUCUGAAAAUGGAUGGAUGGACAGUCUGUACUGCUGUAGUGCACGUUGAUCCGGUUACUGGCAAGGACAAGAAACAUGUCCCGGUUUCGACCAGAGGGCGGCGCCAGACUACGAGUGUGCUAUCGCAGCAUCUUCGUCACGAUGCUCGACGGCGGCACUUGAUCGCGUGCCGCAUUGACUGAAAUGUGGACUUUUAAGAUCACGUUAUGUUGUAGCAUUAUUUUUAAUAGGAUCACACGGGCAUAUGUAAAUGUGUCUGAUCCCGCUGUCGCUGCUAUAGGAACCUUUAAUGUGUCAGUGGGCGUGAAUUAAAAAGGCAACCAGUCACUUUUUGUCUGCAGUUGUGACAUAUUGUAGAAAUACGCGUAUAUCAGUGUUCCAUUGAUUUCAUCGGGAGGCUGUCGCGCACGAUUCCCCCUCCCCACGUUUGUGUGGGCAGGCGCAACCUCCCUCCUCCAUGCGUAAAAUAUGUAGGGCACGCUUUGCCAGCUCCAUUUGAGAAAAGCCAAACCGGUAAAUAUACUGUACUGCGUGGGGGGGAGAGCGUGCCAUAUUAGCCCACUCUCCUCAUCGUCAACCUUCAUCAGCGUCUCAACUGAAGAAGGGAAAGCACAUUUGGGAGGAGAAAGAGGAGGAAAAGAUGGAGAUUACCGACCAGGGUGCUCAAAUGGAACCUUUGUUGCCAGCGGAACAAUGCCGUCAAGAAACUAAAAAUGUGAGAACUGAUGAAGAAGCAGUGGUGGACCGUGGUGGGACCCGUUCCAUGUUGAACACCAACUUUGAGAAGGAAGAACUUGAAGGUCACCGUACUCUGUACAUUGGGGUACAUGUUCCUCUGGGGCGGAGAUCCCAUCGUCGCCACCGUCACCACGGUCAUAGACACAGGAAGCGCUCCAAGGAGAGGGACUCAACAGCUGACGAUGGACGAGAAUCUCCCUCUCACACAAACACGCCGGCUCAGCGAGUGCAAUUCCUGUUGGGGACUGAGGAUGGCGAUGAGGAGCACAUUCCGCACGCCCUGUUCACUGAGCUGGAUGAAAUCUGCCUCAGGGAGGGGGAGGAUGCAGAAUGGAAGGAGACUGCCAGGUGGCUAAAGUUUGAGGAGGACGUUGAAGAUGGCGGCGAGCGAUGGAGUAAGCCCUAUGUGGCCACGCUGUCUCUCCACAGUCUUUUUGAGCUCCGCAGCUGCAUCAUGAACGGCACCGUGAUGCUGGACAUGAGGGCAAAUUCGCUGGAGGAGAUUGCAGAUAUGGUCCUGGAUCAGCACGAACUUUCCGGGCCUCUGGGUCAAGAUGCCAGGAGGAGGAUCCGUGAAGCCCUGCUCAAGCAGCAUCACCACCAGAACCACAAAAAGUUCGCCAACCGCAUCCCGAUUGUCCGCUCCUUUGCAGACAUCGGCAAGAAGCAAUCAGAGCCUCAUUCUAUGGAUAAGAACGGUCAAACAGUUUCAUCGCAGUCGCAGUCAGCCAGCACCGAGGGCAAACAGGACGUCAGUAGAGAAAACAGUGCAGUCGACUUCAGCAAGAUUGACCUUCACUUCAUGAAGAAGAUCCCGCCUGGUGCUGAAGCCUCAAACGUUCUAGUCGGGGAGUUGGAGUUUCUCGACCGUCCUGUGGUGGCCUUCGUCCGCCUGGCCCCUGCCGUGUUGCUCAGUGGUCUGGCUGAGGUUCCCAUCACCACUAGGUUCCUUUUCAUCCUGCUUGGGCCUCUGGGAAAAGGUCCACAGUACCAUGAAAUUGGACGAUCUAUUGCAACCCUGAUGACGGACGAGGUUUUCCAUGAUGUGGCAUACAAAGCCAAAGACAGAAAUGAUCUUGUCGCAGGUAUUGAUGAGUUCUUGGACCAAGUGACAGUGUUACCCCCUGGCGAGUGGGAUCCCUCCAUCAGAAUAGAACCACCCAAAAAUGUGCCCUCUCAGGAAAAGCGGAAGAUUCCUCCUCUUCCAAACGGAGUUACAGAUCUUGUGGAGUUAGGGGAACAUGGAGGCCAUGGUGGCCCUGAGCUUCAACGCACUGGAAACAAAGGAAUGCUGCUAAAAUGUCUCUUCCUCCAAGGCUGUUCGGCGGUUUUAUCUUGGACAUCAAGCGGAAGGCCCCUCACUACCUUUCUGACUACACUGAUGCCAUCAGCCUACAGUGUCUGGCCUCCUUCCUUUUCCUUUACUGUGCUUGCAUGUCACCUGUCAUCACCUUUGGAGGUCUUCUGGAGUGCCAUUGAGUCCUUGUUUGGGGCUUCCAUGACUGGAAUUGCCUACUCGCUUUUUGCUGGACAGCCACUUACGAUCCUCGGCAGCACUGGUCCGGUUCUUGUGUUUGAGAAGAUCCUCUUCAAGUUCUGCAAGGACUAUGGCCUCUCCUACCUCUCUCUGAGGGCCUGUAUAGGCCUUUGGACGUCCUUUUUCUGUCUCCUGCUUGUGGCCACAGAUGCCAGUUCGCUUGUUUGUUACAUCACCCGGUUCACAGAGGAAGCCUUUGCGGCCCUGAUCUGUAUAAUUUUCAUCUACGAAGCCCUGGAGAAACUCGUCCACCUUGGCGUGCACUACCCCAUCAAUAAAAACAACAACCUUCAGAAACUAACACAAUAUUCAUGCACAUGUGUGGAGCCCAGAGAUCCCAGCAAUGAGACUCUGCUGUUCUGGGAGGAGAGGAACAUCACAGCCUCCCAGGUCAACUGGACUACGUUGGAAGUUACGGAGUGUGAACAUCUGCACGGGGAGUUCGAGGGCAGUGCCUGCGGUCCCCAUGGCCCUUAUAUUCCUGACGUCUUGUUCUGGUGCGUGGUCCUCUUCUUCUCUACCGUCUUCAUGUCCGCCUUCCUCAAGGAGUUCAAGACAAGGCGUUACUUUCCUACCAAGGUACGAGCCAUCAUCAGUGACUUUGCAGUCUUCAUUACCAUCCUGACGAUGGUUCUGGUUGACUACGCUCUGGGUAUUCCCUCACCAAAAUUACAAGUUCCCAACAAGUUUAAACCAACCAGAGAUGAUCGUGGCUGGGUUAUAAACCCUGUGGGUCCCAAUCCAUGGUGGACCACCAUCAUCACCUUCAUCCCUGCUUUGCUGUGCACAAUCCUUAUCUUCAUGGACCAACAGAUCACGGCUGUUAUUAUUAACAGAAAGGAGCAUAAACUGAAGAAAGGCUGCGGCUAUCAUCUAGACUUGUUUGUCGUUGGCGUGAUGCUGGGUGUGUGCUCUGUAAUGGGGCUGCCGUGGUUCGUGGCUGCCACCGUGCUCUCCAUCUCUCACGUGAACAGCUUGAAGCUCGAGUCCGAGUGCUCCGCGCCAGGAGAGCAGCCCAAGUUCUUGGGCAUCCGUGAGCAGCGCUUUACUGGUCUCAUGAUCUUCACCCUAAUGGGCUGCUCUGUCUUUAUGACCUCUGUUUUGAAGUUCAUCCCGAUGCCUGUUCUGUACGGAGUGUUUCUCUACAUGGGGGCAUCCUCACUUAGAGGCAUCCAGUUCUUUGACCGUCUCAGGCUGUUUGGGAUGCCGGCCAAACACCAGCCUGACUUCAUUUACCUUCGCCACGUUCCACUCAGGAAGGUACACCUCUUUACCAUCAUCCAACUCAGCUGUUUGGUGCUACUGUGGGUCAUCAAGACCUCCAAGGCUGCCAUAGUUUUCCCAAUGAUGGUCUUGGCUCUCGUCUUCAUCCGCAAGCUUCUGGACUUAAUCUUCACCAAGAGAGAGCUGAGCUGGUUGGAUGACUUGAUACCAGAGUGGAAAAAGAAGAAGCUCGAAGAUGCUGCAGAAGAGGAGGAGCACAGUAUUAUUGCGGAGGAAGAAGGCAUCGUGCACGUUCCACUUGAGGGACACUACAAGAGCGACCCAUCUACAGUGAACAUCACCGAUGAGAUGUCGAAAGGCUCUUUCGGGAAUGUCUGGAAGAGCGUGAACCCCAUGGAAAAUGACCCGGUUGCUAAAAGCUCCCCUUCCUAACCUCUCAGAAGCUGAGAAGCCAAAGUUUUCCCAAGAGUGUGGAGAAGCGCCACAAGCGUCGAAGGCGCGACAAGAGCUUGGACCGGGAGACAAGUUUGUGAUGACACACACUUGAAGAUAAUGCCAUCGUUCUGUUCCUUGUUCAUUGAAGAAGAAAAAAACUGUGCCACACUUCACUUUUGUACUGUGAAACACUUUUUUUUUUUGUUAUGCGUGUCAUGUGCAACUUGUGUAUAGAACACAAAAUUAGAAACAACAUCAGUGACUAUAUUAAAGAGUUACUGUUAUUUCUGUGAAACCAGCAACAAAACGGACACACAUUUUGAAAAAUAUUUUAUUGUAUUUUGUAUGUUUUUAUGUUUUACAAAACCGGUAACAUUUAUAAACUCUCGCUUCAGCCAAAUUAUUAAACUGCUUAUUUUCGUGACGAACAUUAUUGUAGAAGGUAGGAUUCCCGUGAAAAGUGUGUCUAAAGCUAAUCUAGACUUUAAAAAAUUAUAAUCAAUUAUAUCACGUCUCAUAUAUAUUCUGUAUAUUUACAUUUUUUUGUGAGGUGACAAACUUUUUUGGUCAUCUUUUUCAAGGGAGCACAUUAUCUUAGCCUCCUUUGGCAAAUUGCGACUUAUUCUUUUUCCUUUUUCCAUCACUGCUGAUCUUUGUCGUGGCUUGUAGAAAACUGUUUAUGGCGGUCAUCUUGUCAGUAUGUGUCAUCUAUGGACCUACGCUGUCUUUCUUCUGUGGUGUGUUAGCAUUGAAAGUGAUUUUUUUUUAAGACACCAUUAGUACUUCUAGGGAUGCAAUAAAUAAGUUUUUUUCUGCAAAGGGCAACGUGUAACAUGUGCUGAACAGUCUUAAUAAUGUACGAUACGUAAUAUAUUAUACAUACUAUAUUUUAUUUUAUUCAUUGUUACUAAUAUAUUACCACAAAUGAUGUCCAUGGCAGUUUUCAAAUGUAGAUGUUUCUUUCCCAUUGUCUGAUGCUUCUCUCCAUGCUUACAGAAACUAAUAACUAAUCUAAUGAGAGUUCAAAAUAAUGUCAAUAUCACAUAUUUUGACUGCAUCUGUGUGUAUAGUAUUUAAUUAUUUUUUUUUUGCCUUAAACUUUGACAGAUGACAGCCAUGUCCUUUUGGUUGUUAAUUUGAAUGGAGAUUGUGAAGUAAUCAGUUCCCCUUUGUUCUUAAAUUGUGGUUUUGUUCAGCGGAAUGAGAAAGAUGGAAUGAAGAGUGUCUAUUAAACUUUCAAUAAACGUAUGUGGAAUGAUGGAUUUCCC